AAACAGCUGCUUUGUUGUGUGUGAAAGUCAUUAGAAGAUAAAAUACAAUGUAAUUAGGCAUUUAUUAUCAUAACAGCCAAUUAUAUUAGCAUAUAUGCCAAUAUGCUCAUGCAUAUUUAUACGUCCACGCGUGGCGUGUUGAUAAGGCCCUUGAUGUGCGCUCAGAGAUCAGAACACUCUGCCGAGCAAACCAUCUACCAGUACCCUAUUACAUGAAACCAGACCUGGCAUACUCGCCACUCAUGGACUUGCCAUCACCUCCCGCAGUCUCUCACGGCUACAGCACGUAUAAUUCUGUGCCAGCAAGUUAUAAUCCGUACUCGGUGCGGUACUACCACGGCCCGGCUGCACCGGAGUACGGCCUGGCUUGCAACUCAAGGAACAGUUUCCCAAUGCCCAUGCUGAAUCACCAUCCACUGUCGCACCACCCGUACCUGCAGUCACCAAUCCAGCCGUACCCGGGAUCCGCUCACGAGCUUUUGCACGAAGAUAAAAGCUCAUGCGACGAGCCCAGAUUAAACGGUAAAGGCAAGAAAAUUCGCAAGCCGCGCACGAUCUACUCGAGUUUUCAGCUGCGAGAACUGAACAAGCGCUUUAUCAAGACACAGUAUUUGGCGCUACCCGAACGCGCUGAUCUUGCCGCCUACUUAGGGCUGACACAGACCCAGGUGAAAAUCUGGUUUCAGAACAGAAGAUCAAAGUUUAAGAAGACUCUCAAGGUAUCGGAGGAUAACCCCGUCAAAGAGGAAAACAGUGGCUCCUCGACGCCUCCAACAAUUAGCUGGCAAGCUCAUGCGCCAAGCAGCACAGAAAGUAAUGCGACCGCGGAGAACUCUAAGCCCGUCAUAUCACAAAGUGGCCAAGUCGAGCCUUGGUGCUUGUCACCGCCUGUAUUCAAACCUUACUCCGUAGACACUCAGCCACACAGCGCCAUACUACGCUAAGAGAACUUAUUUAUUAUCAGGAUAGAGUUGUAUAUAGAGAAUAUAUUGACGAAUUACAGUGAGUUAAGAAUCGGACCGAGUAUAUCAACGCGUUUGAGACGUUUUAGUCUUGUUCUAUGAUUCAUGUUUAUUGCUUAGUAAUAAGCCUGUUUCCCAAUUUGUGGUGUAAAUACGAGUCAUCAGGCAUUUUUCUGUAGUUUUCCUAGAAUUAUCUGCGGAUAGCAAAUUACCAACGAUCAUCGCUGAUUCUCGACGCGUAGACACUGUCAGCUUAUAUAUUGUACAACUAUUCGAAUAAUUAUAUGUAACAAUAAAUCGACAGAUGAUUUAAAGUAAGGUUGUGUAAAGUUGACGCCUUAGUUCUAGUCGUCGCACGCUCUACGCUUGUUUCUUCAGUCUUAAAGUUAUUUUACCUAAGGGCUCUUCUAAACUUUGGUAAUUGGCUCUCUCUUGUGAAGGACAAAAGAGAUCACCUUUACUGUCAGAUUGUUUUACCAUCGCUAUCUCUAUAAUAUAAAAAUGAAGACAAAUAAAGUUAUCGAUAAAAGUA